AACUCAAGCUCGGCUCGGAGAGCAGCCCUGGUGGCAAGGCCCUGCGCGGCACUGACGGCACGAACGCACAGUGGCAUUCAGCAGGACAUCAUUGGUGCCCCAGAGAGUCGCGUCGUCCAUCUGUUUCCAUCGCUGUGGGUCCUAUAAGGAUGCCACGCUCUCUCAGCUUUGUGGCAUGUGCGAGCGUCAGCACCGCCCUGACGCUGACGACGCGAUCGCGCGUACCCAAUGCAUCACCCCAGGAGCUUCAGCAGUUCCUCGCUACGCCAGCGAAUUGGCCGCGCAUCGUGCUGUCCUCAGUCGGCGUCGAAGGUGCCUCGACCGCGGCGCCGCUGCGGCCCGGAGCUGAAGUGGACGAGCUCUUCGGCCUCCCGCCGAUAUUGCCGUUGCGCGUAAAGUGGCGCUGCGAAGCCGCCGGCGCCAAUACGCUGGACGUUCGCUCCGCGGACGGCCUCGCCGGCGUCGCCACGGAUUGCCGCAUGGAUUUUUCGAUAGAAGCGGACGGUGACGCCUCGGUCGUCGACCUGGCAAUGUCCUACGAGCCGGCGUCUCCGCUCGCCCUGCUCGCCGCGCCUGUUCUCAUCGUUGACAAUUGGCUCGCGCUCAACGUGCUGCUGCCGCGCGCGUUCUCGGGGAGUCCUCUCGUUCGACAAAGGGACGUCCCGGGACUGGCGUUUUUCGCGCUGCUCAGCACGUGGCACUUCGGAGUGGGACCGGCGAUACGCGAUGCCGUCCUGGCCGCGCGGGGCGGGUAACACACUAUGUUUGUUA